UGCAAAGGGUUAACUGUGCAUGAUUUUUCAAAUUACUAUGAUUUCAACCAGUGCUGGAUGAAGAAGAUAGACUCAGGUCGUUUGGCAGGAGUCUGCACCGAAGUCAAACAUGAAAAGCCUGCUUCUGAUGCGACGAAACAUUCAGCACAGAAUUCGUCAAAUAAACACGCAAAAGCAAAACCUGCGAAACCCCAGAAGCCUAAACCACCCUCAAAAUUGCAAAAAAAAGGGAGGCCUUUGAAAGUAAUAAGAUCCAGAGAAUUGUUCAGAGGAACAGUUUACAUCGACUGCGAUUGCUAUCAUCGAAACGGAUUGCAGCAUGACUGUCCGCGUUCAACCUGCGGUGGUCGAUCCUGCAAAGUGAAGCCUUGGCCCGAAUGCGACUUAGGAACCUAUUUCAUGAACAAAUGGGACAAAUAUUAUGAACAUUUAGAUCGAAUACCACCCACAUCGUUUUGUGGGCCGACCAGAGCGUGGUUGGAGUUUCUUGAGCAGCAGGAGAAGAAAUUGAAGCAACAGGGUCAAGAGCGGAAAAAGGAGUCGGUCAAGAAAAUCGAUAAAAAGCAGAAUACAUCUCGGUGUACCGAUAUAACUGAAUUAGCUGGGGAGUACGUGAUGAUACCUGUAAUUGAGGAUACUUGCUGCGACUGAAAUUCAUAAGCUCUUAUGAUCAUUACUACCUGAGUGCAACAUCAGAUGAUCCUAGAAUUUUUCAGCCAACUUAUUAUCAUUAAAUACGCUAAUUACGACUAAAAAACCUGGCUGUUUCAAAUGGUAAUAGAUUAAUAAUUUGGCGCACUUGUAUAAAGAUUACACGUUCAGAGAUCGAUUCAGGAUAUCACCUCGAUUUCAGGAUUUUUCGAAAGAAAAACCACAAGAGGAUAAAAGUAACUGGACUUUAGCGAAUAAACAUUUAUAAUAGAAUUUCGACUAAUUUGUAUGAGACGUACGUCCAAUCAUUCGCGGCUAUUUGCGUUCUGUGAUUCUAGCCACGUUGGGAGCUCGUUACUAAAAGAAACAAAUGAAGCGAACGCGUGUACCGGAAGCCAUGCUACAUAGCCGUUUCACCGCUAAGAAUACUGCUUUAUUUCCGGCACGGAAAAUGGGAUACGAAAAUAUCGUGCAUCUCCGCCUCGAAGUUCAACCAGAAAUUCAAUUUACAUUCUUUAUGAACCCGGUGAAAAGAUCUUACGGAAAACGCCUUUGAAUGCGGUGAAUUUAUUUUAUUACCCAUAGAGAUACGUCUAAGGGAACGUUAUACAUCUACAUCAUUUUAAUGUACAUUUUUUAGUAAUGUAGAUAUUCAAUCUGCGGUUUUAAAUUCUAUUCAUUGAUUAUGUGUAGGAAAUUUAUUGCUAUGUGCAAAUUUUUUGCUGUAUGAAAAAGUUUGUCAGGUAACAGAAAGUAGAAUUCAAUAGGUUUGAUGAAGCUUGAAAUGUGCUAUUGCAAAUUUGAAAUAUUAUAUAAUUUCUGUCAUGAUGUCCUCAUAUGAAGACAUACUAAAUAUAUUACCAAUACAUACUAAAUAACAAUUUAUACUAAAUAUUGUGGCUGUCCUUCAUGGUCGCAAUACGAGC